UCCAGCGCCACAACAGAUGAUGGCUUAUCAAGUUCCACCGGGUCAGGUUCCAAAUCCGGCGAUGAGGCCGUACGCCACUAUGCCUAAUGGUUUCGCAGCUGCUACUCCUCAAGGAGCAUUUCUUCCCCCUGCGUCUUGUCUCUUGAUUGAAUACGGUGAAAAAGGUUGGAAGGCUUCAUAUUGCUUAGAGAACUCCCAACUACAACUCCUUUUUUGGGUAUGCUCAUUCAUAUUUGCCUGUUAUUCUUGUUUGCUUUCAGCAUGGUUUUUUUUCUUUAUUUUUUAAAUGGGGUUCUGGUUCUAAGCCCAUAAGAGAACUUGGUAUACAAUACAAGCAGUAUAGUAUUCAAGAGCCUUUCCUUUUGCCCUGCUACAUAAUAUACGGCUGGUCCUGUUUAUUUACUAGGAUUUUACUGGUAGUUAUAUUGGAUACUGUCCCUGGAUUUUGAAUUGCCAGAAGCAGACCAUGUUAACCACCUGAGUGCUCGUUCUCCUUGUUUCUAAGGUAUCAAAUUCUCUUAAUUAUUAUAUCUUUUUUUUUUGACAUUUUCUUUGAUUCCUUGUGCUACACAGUCGGGAUCUCUUGGAAAUUUGAGAGUGAGUUUUGAGAACAUGUUAAUUUAUUCCUCUUUCAAUCGAUUAUCUGUGUGUAUGAAUUGCUCGAAGUGUUGUGCUUCUUAAAUCAUAAAAUUCUGCUUUUGAUGGAUGGGAUAUUUGAUAAAGCUGCAAGAGUAAGGUAAGACAACUUACGUAACAGUUCAAGGAAUUUGGUGCUAUUAUUUGAACGUUUUCAUUAGGUUAGAUAAUGUAUUCAGCUGGUGAAAGCUUCCAUUCGUUUGCUUCCAUCUUUUAUUUACUUGGGACUUUGGUAAUGGGAUUCAUGAAUCCUAAUAAAAUAUUAUUCUAUGUACUUUUAGCACCGCUUUGAGUAGUCCGACAACCUUUCUGAUGCAUUGGCAAGAUAUUUUUUUUUCCUUUUGUGCAGGAGUUCCUCGUUUUGCUUCUCCAUUUCCUGGUAUGAUUCGGACACCUUUUCCUCCACGCCCACCUGGUGCUAUGGGCAUGAUGCCAGGAAUGCCACGGCCUCCUAUUCCAGGGAUUCCUGGUGUUCGUCCAAUCAUCCCUCCUGUGGUUAGACCUGCUAUUCUCCCAAGUGUCACACCUGCUGAAAAACCACAAACUACAAUUUAUAUUGGCCGAAUUGCUCAAUCAGUGGAAAAUGAUUUCAUGCUGUCCCUUCUUCAGCUAUGUGGACCAGUGAAGAGUUGGAAACGGGCCCAAGAUCCUUCAGAUGGAACUCCUAGAACCUUUGGAUUCUGCGAGUUUGAGUCUGCUGAAGGUGUUCUUCGUGCACUACGAUUACUGACGAAGUUAAACAUUGAUGGACAAGAGCUAGUGCUAAAAGGUACUCAAGCAACAAGAGAUUAUCUGAAGCGUUAUGUUGAAAAGAAAGCAGAGAAUUCAAAAAAACUGAAAGAAACACAAGUUUCGGAGACUAAGGAAGAAGAAGCUGAUGCAGCGAAUGUGGCAAAAAAUGAAACUUCAAAGCCCCCUGCAGAGGAUUCAAAAGAGGACCGUGAUUCAGGGGAAAAGGAAGAUCAUGACAUUGCCUGUUCUGCAGUUUUAAGUGAUGAAGAUAGAGAGGCUGAUCGAGAGGCAUCAGAAAAGCUUACAAAUGCUCUGGAGGAGAGGUUGAAGUCUAGACCUCUGCCACCACCUCCUCUACUGACAACUGCUGAUGUUUCUGGAAAUUCAAGUGCAGAGCCAUCUGCUAAACUGAAAGAUGGUGAAUAUGACGUUGAUAUUUUGAAAAGUGAUGCAGCUGAUGAUAGAAAUGAUGAUGAUUCAACUAGCGACAAUAAACAAACUAGUGAGCAGCACGACAAGCCUGAAACAAGCUCACCUGAUAGAAGUAGAAGGUAUGACAGGAGAAGUCGAGAAAGAGACAGGGAGCGAGAUUUAAAAAGGGACAAGGAGCGGGAAAUUGAGAGAUAUGAAAGAGAGACAGAGCGGGAACGAGCUAGGAAAGAGAGGGAACAAAGAAGAAAGAUUGAAGAGAUUGAGCGACAGUAUGAAGAAUGUCUUAAAGAGUGGGAAUAUCGAGAAAGAGAGAGAGAAAAGCAGAGGCAGUAUGAGAAGGAGAGAGAGAAAGAGAAAGAGCGUAAAAGGAAGAAAGAGAUAUUGUAUGAUGAAGAUGAUGAGGAUGAUGAUUCAAGAAGAAAAUGGCGCAGAGGUGCUCUGGAGGAAAAGAGGAAGAAGAGAUCUAGAGAAAAGGAAGAUGAUUCAGUUGAUAGACAGAGAGAGGAAGAAGAAAUUGCCGAGGCCAAAAGAAAGGCCGAGGAGGAACAGCUGCAAAAACUGAGAGAUCCACCAAAACUUCUACCUGUUCAGAUGAUGAAUAUCAAUGAGAAAAUUGUUCUUCCUGAAGAACCUGCUAACGAGAUUAAAUUUUUGACUUCAGAACGUGAUUCUGAGCUUGACUCGGGCCGUGAGAAUCAUAUAGGGGAUGGGUUUUUACAAAAUGGUAGUGGUGAUGAACUAAAUAUAAUACCAUCAGAGACCCGUCAGAGUGAAUGCUUGCCUGCAAAAAGGUUAGGAUUUGGUAUAGUAGGUUCCGGAAAACGGACUACUGUACCUUCAGUUUUUCACGAGGAGGAUGAUGAAGCACAGAAAGAGAAGAAAAUGAGGCCACUGGUUCCAAUCGAUUACUCAGCUGAGGAACUCCAAGCUGUGCAGCCUUCUAGUACUGGGGCUUUGCCACCAAAUUUAGCUGCAGCAGCCGAAUUUGCAAAACGUAUAUCAAAUGUCAAUUCUAAAGAAGAGAAGCCUGAUAGUGAAAGGGAGCGAGGAAGGCGUCCCAGUGAAAGAUCUAGUCAGCGGGAUAGAGACCGAAAUGAUGAGGAUACCUAUCGCAGCAAAGAUGAGAACAAGACAACAGACAGAGAUAGGGAGCGAGACCGUGUUUUGGAUAAAGUAAAAACACCAGACAACAAAAAGCUGUUGGAUGCGAAACAGUUGAUUGAUAUGAUUCCCAAGACAAAGGAGGAAUUAUUCUCAUACGACAUAAAUUGGGCAAUUUAUGAAAAGCAUGCAUUACAUGAGAGAAUGAGACCGUGGAUUUCGAAAAAGAUAACAGAGUUUUUGGGGGAAGAGGAAACCACUCUUGUCGAUUACAUAGUUUCGAGUACUCAGGAACACGUAAAAGCAUCUCAAAUGCUGGAGCUGCUUCAGUCAAUUUUGGAUGAAGAAGCUGAAAUGUUCGUUCUGAAGAUGUGGAGAAUGCUUAUCUUCGAAAUAAAAAAGGUAGAAACUGGUCUAGCUUUCAGAUCAAAAGCAUGAGUUAAGUUUACAAUGCAUGUCGGCUCCCAUUGGUGCUUUCUCUGUACCAAUAUUUUUCACGGCUCUGAACUUUCAGGCCAUUUCUUGAGGUAAUAGGAUCACAUCUCUGUUGGGAUUUUACUCAAUUGUAUGCUUUAGAUUCAUUCUUUUUAGUAUUUAUAGUCGAACUUUUGUCUCCAUGAGAGGUUGCACUUGUAGCUUAACAAAAAAAGAAAGAAAACUUUCCUUUUCAAAC